CCUCAGGCAUACUGUAGGCAGGGCUUGUGGUGAAGGGAUAGAAACAGCCGUAGCGCCUUGUGCAAGGUGGGUGUGACGCUGCAUCUCAAUCAUUGUUUUUGUCGCGAACGAACUGACCUUCUGUAUUGCUCCUAGAGGAACAUUGCUGCUGUCCACUGGAAGAUGUCUGACGAAAUUAAGGUCAAAGAACUUGACAAGAGAGCCUCAGGCACUGCCUAUGAGGUCAUCUUAGGUGCCGGCACCCAAGAUGCCAAGGGAGAGUUUCCCUUGUCUGCCCCCAAGAAAAAGGAUGUCUCAUUGGAGGAGAUUCAGCGGAAGCUGGAUGCAGCAGAGGAGCGACGCAAGAAUCAUGAAGCUGAGGUACUAAAGCACUUGGCAGAGAAGCGUGAACAUGAAAAAGAAGUGCUACAAAAAGCUAUGGUGGAGAACAAUAACUUCAGUAAGAUGGCCGAGGAAAAGCUAACCCAGAAGAUGGAGGCUAAUAAAGGGAACCGCACAGCCAUUAUGGCUGCAAUGACUGAAAAAUUUAAGGAGAAGGACAAAAAGUUGGGGGAAGUGCGGAAGAACAAGGAAACAAAAGAUCCCACCUCAGAAGGCACUUCAGAAGACUGAAGGUUUAAAAUAGGGAAUUGUGUUUAGGAGUGUUAUGUAUCCAAAGAUUGUUUUUUGUUUUAUGCCCAGGUAGGUUUUGUGUGUCUUCACUACCAGAGAUAUAAAGAAAUAUACACCAAUUUUAAUUUGUUGUAGUGUAAUCGUGCUGUUAUAACAUACCCCCCCCCCACCUUAAGACCAAUGUGUAGCUUGUCAGAACAUAUUUAGCCAGUUUCAGACUUUUAACACAGUUUGUGUCCUUUUUGCAUUAAGCCUGACAAAAAACUGUUAAAACAUGGGUUUUUUAAAAAUGUUUCUUUGCCAUGUUUCUAGAGCCACGCCUUGUUUUUGCACCAACUGUAAAUCAAAAAAAAAAACAGCACAAGAUUGAUCCUGGCACUCGCUGUUUUAAUCGAUUAAUGUGUAGCUUUGUUCAAAUUUUGUGCAACCACUAAUGUGCUUUUGUGUAAAUAUCAAGUCAUGUCUUUAAGCACACAAUAUGAUGUUAUAUAGCAGUGAUGGAACAUGGCUAAAAUAUUGUUGGUACCAUUUUCAAUUUCAGGAAACAGGGAACUGUAACACAAUUUGGCGUCAUAGUAAUAGCAGUUCAGAGUCAAAUCCUGUGCAAAAGCUAAAAAACAAGUGUCUUAAAAUAAAUAAAAGUAUGUCCCUA